CUGGAGCCCAGCAACUGCCAGAACGGCUGAUGGAGCCCUGGCAGGAGCUUGGACUGAGCCAGCAGUUCCCUUCCCAAAUGUUUCUUCAACAGGAAGCUUCCUCAAGAGCCCCUGAGGCUUGGCAGGAGGCAAAAGAACCCAAAGAACGAUCCCCGAGCGGCGCAGACAGAGCGAGCUGUAAGCGCAAAGCAGGAAGCCUUGACGAUGUGUCCGGGACAAAAGCAGAAGCACCAGCAGCAGACAGUGGCACAGGGACAUUCCCGAGCCCUCCGCUUCACAUCCCUCUCUCCAGACUCUGGGAAAUAGAAGAGGAGUUGAUCUGCGCCGAUGAGGUGGACACCGAGUUCGAGUCUGGCGAGCCAGUGACGCCUGCAGUGCCACCAGCAAGGCCACCAGCAGGGCCACCAGCAGGGCCACCAGCAGAGGCUCAGGCUCCUGCCCAAGGCCCGGGGGACAGCCGGUGGCACCGUGCUGGCGCGGGGCUGCGGGCAGCCCUGCGGGAUGGCAACGCUCGGUGCCGGCAGCGCAAUUUCGCGGCGGCCGCCGCCAAGUUCUCCACGGCUCUGGAGCUUUGCAGUAAAGGCUUUGCUCUAGAGGAUCCCUUGAAGUCCUCUCCAGAUGAUAUUUCCAGGCUUGUCAGCUGGAUCGAGUCAAAGCUUGCCAUCUGCUACUUAAAGCUGGGGCAGCCUGGCCUUGCUCUGCAUCAUUCCCACAGGAGCAUCAUUCAGAACCCCUCUCACUUCUGCAAUCACCUGCGCCAGGCUGCCUGCUUUCGGUGCCUGCACAGAUACUCGGAGGCUGCCAGGAGCGCCAUGGUGGCGCACUGUCUGUACGUGCUGGCCGAGGGCGCGGCGCCGAACACCAGUGACCUGCUGCAGCUCUACUGGCAGGCUAUGACUCAAGAAGCCCUCAGUGGAGAAGUCUCUUUUUCUGCUCUGUACACACCUUUUGAGAAAGAGGACAAGGCUGACAAGAUCAAGGAGGCCAACAAAACCUUUGCAGAGAAGCAUCCAGAUUAUGUGCAGCACAUAUUUACAGAUCCUCAUGGAAUUCACCUGUUGCCAGAGAAGGCUGAAUCUCAUCCUGGCCAGCAGUACUUACUGACUCUGGGCUUCAGGAACAAAGAGAUUGGAAAAACUGUGGAGAAGUUGGUAACCCAAAAACUGCCAGUCUUUCCAGGCCAGAAAAUAACUUUCAGUCCCAGCACGGAGGAAGAAGCAGAAACAUUUUGGCAGAACACUGGGCAAAGGAUCAUGGCAGCCAUGGCUUUUAUAGGAAGCUCCAAGAUAAAGGAUGAGCGUGGCCCCUGUGCACGGGCCAUUGAGCAGUUCCACCACGCCAGCCUGCUCAGCCACCUGCACAGAGGGGAGGAACAGACCCAGAUGAUGGCCCAGGCGAUGGCUGAGCUGGCCACUGUUCCCUACCUGCAGAGAGUCUCUCAGGAUGACAAGCUGCUGCAGUCACUGAUGGCAGAUGCCAUGGACAUCCUCGCAGGAAGAAAGGGAGAGCGCGUGUGGACCAAAAUACAGAAGGUGGCACUAAUUGAAGAGUUCCUGAGGGAAGGAGAAGAGCAUUACCUAAGGACCUCACAUGUGCAAAUACCUGGAAUGGAAAACAUCAACUGGACUCCAAGGCAACAGAAAUAUCUGAGACUGGAAAAUACAAACAUGUUCAUUCCCAACCCACGAAGCCUGGCCACAGGGCCAAAAAAGAGAUGCAUAGUUUUUGCAAAAAGUUGAUUUUGUAGGUGUUUUGUAGCUAUUGAUAUCAGUUUGAUAGAUGUUCAUCUUAUUUUGCAUUGUAUUAACUUGAAGUUACAUUAAUUUAAUUUUAAAUUGUAGUCAAUUAUAUGUAACUGUGUAAAUUUAACUUGUACUAGUUUAAGUGUAAGUGGUAUUAAGUAGUAUUUAUUUGCAUUAACUUUAAGUUGUAUGAGUUUAUAUUUAGAUUGCAUU